AUGUCUCCCGAACCUCCCGCCGGGUACUUCUCCACCUUCUCCAUAUUAGACCCCAACAACACAUCUCCCGAGGGGCAUCCACGAUCUCAAAAGCGCAACCGUAGAGUCUUUGUCUGUAUCCCAUGUCACAAGCGGAAGCUGAAAUGUGACAAACGGCUACCGUGCAGUCGCUGUGUUGCGUCUGGCAACGCCGAGGAUUGCGUCUACCAACCUUUCCCCUCAAGCCCCAAGCAAGAUGCCACUCCCGAGCGAGAAACGCCGGCUAUGACGCCGCCUCGGAGUGCCGCCAAGCAGUACAUCAAAGCACGUGUUUCUCCGGCUACCAGCAGAUUCCCGGGUCACGGUAGCACAUACUGGGCCACAGUCGCGUCGGAGUUUGAAGAAGCCGUACCCUUCAUAUUUGGUACAGAUACUCACUGGGAGCCAAGAUAUCGCCAGAUCAAGAACCUCAAGUUUCUCUUCCCGGCCCUGAGCGGCAUGAACUACCCCUUUGGCAAUUCUUCCCCCUAUGCUGCCACCAAGACGCAGAUUGUGGACAGCCUGCCGCCUCGCCAUAUAGUCGAGGCGUUGGUUUCGAGCUACAUGAACAGCAUAGAGCUCACCCACGGUCUUCUCCACCCCCUGCUCAUCCAGAACGAACUAGAUUACUUCUGGAAGAACCGACAUGGGGUCCUCGAUGGCUGGCUCGCCCAGCUGCUGAUGAUGCUGGCCCUGGGGGCGCAGUCAAUGCCAGACUACAUUCUCGACGGCGCCGGCCGGUCCAAGUCUCAAUGGACCGACUUCUUCCUCGAGUCGGCCCAGAUAUCUCUCUCCAGAUCCCCGUUCAUGGCUGCGCCCGACAUCACCACCGUUCGCACCCUAUGCAUGAUGGUGAUUGCCCAGAUGACCGAGCUCAGGGGAGGCGACCCAAACCAGCUGACGUGUGCAAUGGGCUUCACGACCAGAAUGGCAAUCUCACUGCAGCUCCAUCGAUCGACAAGCCUCUUCCCAGAGAUAUCUCAGGUCGAGGCCGAGAUGCGCAAGAGGGUGUGGUUCACACUGCAGCUACUAGACCUGGACGUGGCGAUGAGGGCUGGCACCUCCCAUCUCUUUCUGGACGGGGAUGUGGACCAGCCAGUGAAUGUUGAGCCCGCGGUCUAUUACGGCACGGGAUGCUCAUGGUCCACAGAAGAGGCCUGGGCCGGCUCGUACACCUCCACGGACCUGACCUACCACACAAAGGUCGCGGAGAUCGUGCCCCUCCUCGCAGAGGUCAUCAACACAGUCAACUCCCCGACCAGACCGUUCAUGGACUACGGCCGCGUCCUGGAAUGGCACGCCCGGAUCCGAGAGGAGCUCAGGGACGCAGAGGCAGCCAUCCUCUCGGAACCACCAUCCCAGCUCAACUUCGAGUGCUCAAGCAGCAAAGCAAACUACCGCCUCCAGUUCCUCAAGGUCCUGAUGCACCGCGCUCUGCUAGCCCUGCACCACGCCCACAGCAGCAGCAGCAGCGUCAACACCCCCGCCGAGCAGCAGGCGAGGUCGCGCGCCGCGUCGCUCAGGAGCGCCAUGGCCCUCCUCGACAUCCAGCACGCCUGGUCCUCGCCCUACUCGGCCUGCCCGAGCGAGACGAGCGGCAGCAGCAGCACCUCGCAGAUCGCCGCCGCCGCCGCGGCGCCGCCCUCGGUGCACUCGUCGCCGACGAUGAUCGGCGGCCCGCACCACGAGGCCGAGCAGCAGCAGCGGCGGCACGGCUGGCUCGUCGACCUGUGCCACGACGACUUCGCCGCGGCCAUGAUCCACGUCAUCGUCGGCGCGCGGCGGCACGACCUCGACGCCCUGGCCGUGGCGACCAAGGGCGGCGGCGGCGGCGGCCUGCCGGGCACCGCCGCCGACGACGUCCUGUCGGCGCUCCGGCUCGGCAUGGCGGUCGUGCGCGACCGGGCGUGCCGCUCGGUCUGCCACUUCAAGGAGUUCACGGGGCUGUCCAUCCUGUGCAGCUGCCUGCGGGGCCUAAAGUCCGGGCAGCCGCUGCUGCCGAGGGUGCUGGAGACGGCGGACGACAUCGAGCAGGUCAUCCUGGUGGGCAAGCACGACAUGAUCUGGGCGGACGACAACAUGGCGCUCAUGCAGCAGGACACGCCGCAGACGGCGGGGCUGAUGGUUUUGGACCACGAGCUUCUCGGGGACGUUUUUGCUUGA